CGGCUUUGGAGGGGCGUCGAAAGGUGGCCAUAUUGUACAGUUAAAUUGAAAGAACAAAAAUAAUUGUAUUGCUGUAGCGAUCGCGUUCGCGCUGUUAGUUUCAUUAUUUUUGUAUUUUGUGUCGACAGCGACGACAUCGACCGGAGGUGUUGCGCGUCGCGACGACGCCGAGAACAACGCAACUGAUCGGUCGCUCUUGAUCCGCUUGUCUCUUUUCAUUCUCUUUGUAUAUACAUAAGUCACACAUCGCGCAGUAGUGCGAGUCGAUUCUAGGGUCAUCCGACGUUGUUUGCUCGAAAGGUGCUUGUUGCUUGCCGCUGGUCGAAAUGGGUACUCGGGACGACGAGUAUGAUUAUUUAUUUAAAGUUGUUCUCAUUGGAGAUUCCGGAGUAGGCAAAAGUAAUCUUUUAUCUCGAUUUACCAGAAAUGAAUUUAACUUGGAAUCAAAGUCUACUAUUGGAGUUGAAUUUGCAACACGCAGUAUACAAGUAGAUGGUAAAACCAUUAAAGCCCAAAUUUGGGAUACAGCUGGACAAGAGCGCUACCGUGCGAUUACAUCUGCAUAUUACCGUGGAGCGGUUGGUGCACUGCUUGUGUACGAUAUCGCAAAACAUUUGACAUAUGAGAAUGUAGAAAGAUGGUUACGAGAAUUACGGGACCAUGCUGAUCAGAAUAUUGUGAUCAUGUUAGUGGGAAAUAAAUCAGAUUUAAGGCAUCUGCGUGCUGUUCCAACUGAUGAGGCUAAGGCAUUUGCCGAAAGGAAUGGCUUGUCUUUUAUUGAAACAUCUGCUCUAGAUUCUACUAACGUUGAAACAGCAUUUCAAAACAUAUUAACAGAAAUAUACAGAAUCGUAUCGCAAAAACAGAUACGAGACCCACCUGAAGGUGAUACAAUCCGGCCACAGAAUGUAGAACAAAUUGAAGUCAAACCAACAAUGAAUGCUGAGGGAAUGCGUAAGCAGUGCUGCCAGUGACUCAUCUUGUUGCUUAAAAUAAGCAGUCAUACGGAGAAGAAAAAAGCGGAAAUACUAGCUGAUGGUAGAUACAACAGGUGCAUAACAGAACGAGAGUCAAGACUAUAUGCGCAAGCAUGUAAUCUCGUAUACUAGAGGAGGAUUUUAUCUCCAUCAGUGGCAAAACAUCGAUUAAUACACAUAUGUGUAACGCAUUACAUGCUCUUGGAAUUAAUCAAGUAAGGACGAGCGUCGAGAAAUUAUAUUGAUGCAGUGAACGCAAAUACUUACAUACACUAUUCUGUCCGCGAAAAAGAUCAUCUUUACUCUCUGUCUGUCUCUCUAUUUGUCACAAUAUAAAUUAUAUUAUAAUAAAUAAAUGUUGUAUUACUGCUUCUUUGUAAUACAUAUAUACAUAUUAACGAUUCUUCUUAAUGCGUAACGUGACUAUGAGUAUGUGAAAUUUAUAGUCAUAUAUGCAAUGAAGUAUCGUGAAAUAAGUACUAUUAUGCACUGCAUAGAAAACAAAUAUGAUAUAGAUACUGGGCUUACACAGCGGAUAAUAAAAAGAUAAAAACGGCGAAAUUGAGAUGAUCAUUUCUCAUUGCUCACUCUUGGCUCUCUUCGUAAGUGAUGGUACUAGAAUGUAUAAGCUUGGGCACUACCUGCUUCUCUUUCUCUCUCGAGAUUACCUUUUACCGUGGAACUAAAUUUUUCUAUUGGCUGUAUCCGGUAUAAAAAAAGCUAUAUAAGGAAAGUUGUAUAAACAUUUUUCAAAAUCUAAAACUAUGAUUAAUUGCUUUCUCUGUGGCUAUAUUAUUAGUUAUUGCGUCUUACUAGCUUUUAUUGUAUCCUAAACAAAAUAUAGAAAAUGAAUAUAAAAUGUUUAAGUAUUUACUUCUCGUAUUUACUUCUCUUUUAUGUUGAAGAUCAGUAAGUUUUAAAUCGCUUCAUCACUUAUAUAAAUCUUUAGAAAGAUUAUUUGAAAAAAAAACAUGAAAUUAAAUAAAAGAUAAUAGUAUGAACGUUCAACCUGA